AUGCAAGAUGGAAACCAUUUAUACGAGAGCACCUGGCAGGAUGCCCUGAGCUACACAAAGACAAUUCUCGGCGAGGAUGAUUUCGAGCUGAUCCAGAAUUUCCAAACUCCGGAGGAGCUUCUCAAUGAGGUGCAGAAGCUCCAGCAGCAAAACACGGCGCAGGCGACUGUGACGAGACUCCUGCGGAAUGUGCACCCUCAUUUAGUCCAACUGCAUCAGUUUGCGACGUUUCUUGCCGUAGCGGCGGGUGCAAAUAUCAGUUUUACUUGUAUGUGGGGGGUGACGUAUCUUCUUAUAUUUCUGGGAAGUAAAUCCGAAAAAGCAAUGGAGGAAAUCGCCGGGUACCUGAGCGAAUUCAGUGAACAGAUCGAGCUCUUCAAAGUCUACAGUGACAAAUCCGUCCACCUUGAAGGCGAGGUCAUGGAACGAUUCUUCACUCUCCUCGUUGACCUUCUCGUCGCGGGCGCAUUGGCAAUCAAGCACCUCCGCAAGCAUGGCGGUAUCACGGGUACCUCCUGGACCAACGUCAACAGGCAAUUCACCAAGGCGAUCCAAGACUUUACACACCGCAUCGUGCAUCUCCGGCAGCUUGUCGAGGCACACAGGAUCACUGAGAUGAGUCUACAGCAGACUGAAAUCUUGGAGUCGCUGAGUAAAUAUAGCAUUACGCAGCCUAGGGAGACGGCGAAAUUACCAUAUUAUCAGCUGCCUUUUGCGCGCAAUCCCAAUUUCUUUGGGAGGGCGGACGUAAUUCAGAGUAUUAACGAUGCAUUGCAAGGAAUUGACAAUGAUGGGCAAGGGCAGCUCAUUCGGUCUGUUGCGUUGUGGGGAACUGGUGGAAUCGGGAAGUCCCAGAUCGCGUUAGAGUAUGCGAAUUUGCAGGUUCUGAAUAAGUGUCAAUUGGUUCUGUGGCUGCCGACGCAGACUGAGAUUGAUUUAUCAAGGGCCCUGGUACAUGCUGCAAAUGAAAUAAGACCAGCUUGGUAUGAGGAUGGGAUGCCUACUGAACGGGUGCGGUUCCUCAUGUGGAAUUGGUUACAGACAACAGAAAUAUCAUGGACAAUCAUCUUCGACAACGUCGACGACAACAACCUCCUGACCUCCAACUGGCCCGCCGCCGGGAACGGGCAAAUUGUCGUAACCUGUCGCAGCGAGCUCGCCGCCGCCUGUCCCGCCGCAACAGCCGUCGAAAUUACCCCCUUCACAAAGGAAGAAGGCGGCGGGCUGCUCAUGAAGCUUUCAGGAAAACAGAAUACCAAGCUCCCCGCUGAGAUUGAGGCGGCACAAGAGCUCUCCUCUAUGCUAGGUGGGUUGGCAUUAGCAAUUGAUAUCACAGCGAAACAGAUCUUCGUGAAGAAAAAGACAAUGAGGCAGUUUCUACCUUAUUUCAAGAAGAAUAAACAGUCUCUGCGCGUUCCACCGCGGUAUGCGAGUCGGAACCCGUACUAUAAUGAGAAUUUGGUGACUGUCUGGCAAACAGCAUUUGACAGUCUCACCAAGGAGAGCGGGCAACUACUAGCCCUGUUUUGCUUCUUUGCACCAGAUGAUAUACCUUGUGAUAUUAUCAAUACCCCCGAGCAGAUUCCUGGAACAUGGGAUUUUCUGUCAGACAUUGAUGAGUAUGAAGAUGCAGCAGCCCUCCUGCUCCACCAGUCCUUGAUCAAAAUCAACAGCGAUACCGGGAUGAUCUCCCUUCACCGACUCACCCAAGAAGCAUACUACUACCACCUUUUCGAGAAAGAGCGUCACGAUACAUUCCGCGUUGCGUACCGAAUCCUCUGCGCCGCAUUCCCAAAGCGAACUUUACGCCGCCAGAUGUACGAAGUCUGGGAAACGUGCGAGAUGCUCAUCCACCAUAUCGAGACCGCGCAGGAAAAGUACGAGGAUCUCAGACCGACGGGGUUGAAUGUCCAAGAUGUAGAAUAUCACACUAUGCUUGCUGAUGCUGCUUGUGAAACCUCCUCCCUUCAACUCGGUGAAACUAUCGGUCGCCGCGCAGCCGAUAACUGCGAGGACAAAAAUUCCCUAGUUUACGCAUACCUCUGCGAGAGCGUCGCAACCGUCGACCACCGACGCGGCCGGUACCUCCCCGCGUACAAAUUCUUCCUCCAGUCGCUCGAAAUCCGCGAAAAGGAGCCUAGCACAACAGGCCCCGAGCUUGCAGACGCUUACAGCGCCGUGGGUCUUGCCUUAUUUGGACUCUUCAAGUGUGAAGAGGCGAUAGAGGCUGUACAGAAAGCGCUGGAUUUAGUGUAUAAGGCGCCGAAGGAACUGCAGUGCACGUAUAAUAUUGAUCGGUAUUUGAGGAAUCAUAGUCGGCCAAGUGCGGCGCUGGGGAGGUUGGAUGUUGCGAAGAGGGAUAUGGAAGUGGCGGAGAGGUUUCAGACGGAGGUUUAUGGUGAGGAUAGUCAUUUUCAUGGGGAGACGGCAUACAUUCUUGGCAAAAUUGCCUAUACAGAAAACGACCUCGAAAGAGCUAGAUACUAUAUUCAACGCGCUUAUGACCUACAAUACCCCGGAAAACCCACUCACCAGAGCGUUGCCUCAGCCCUCUACCAUCAAGCUCUCGUCUGCCUGCGUCGCUCGGACACCGAGGCCGAUUGGGAGCAGCAAAAAAGGAACGACGAGCAAGCACUCGAGUACCUUCGUGACGCUCUUCGAAUCACACAGUUCAAUGAACCCCGCCGCGGAGACCAGGGCGAGUCGGCGAGAGUUAAGUGGCAGAUUUCCAAGAUCUGGGAGAGGCAGGGGAGGACGUCGGAUGCGUCGACGUACAAGGCUUCUGCAUUGAGGGCAAAGCUUGAGCUUGAGAAGACGGGGUUGCACCCUGUUGCGCCGGAUGAGGAGCAGGGAUGGGAUGCUUUUACGGAUGUGGUUGAUCGGUGA